AUUGACAUAGACCUCAGUUUAUCGCUUGGUACGCCUUUUAUUCGACUUGAACACGAUUUUAGAAAACUGAGUAGUGGAAGAAAGAAGGAAUUUUUGCGCUUGAUGCUUAUAGUUUUAUAAGUUUUACAGAACAGGCAAAUAAAAUGGAUGCUGAUUUAUAUGAUGAAUUUGGCAACUAUAUUGGUCCAGAAUUAGACAGUGAUGAUGACGAUGAUGAUAAUGAUGAUGUAGAUGAUGAUAAUGAUGACUAUGAUAGAGAUGAAGAUGAUGUUGACAUGGAACAAGAUGAUGAAGAUGGCAAUGAUAUGCAAGUUGUCUUACAUGAAGAUAAGAAAUAUUAUCCUACACCAGAAGAAAUUUAUGGACCAGAAGUUGAGACACUUGUUCAAGAAGAAGAUACUCAGCCAUUAACAGAACCAAUUGUAGCACCAGUUAAAGUAAAGAAAUUUUCAAUGGCUGAACAAGAUUUACCAACCACAACAUAUAACAUGGAAUUUUUAGCAGAUUUAAUGGAUACACCUGGCUUAAUCAGAAAUGUAACACUUUGUGGACAUCUUCAUCAUGGAAAGACUUCGUUCGUUGACUGUAUAUUUGAACAGACUCAUGUAGAUAUUGUUGGUAAAGAAGAAAAAGAUCUAAGAUAUACAGAUAUUUUAUUCACAGAACAAGAGCGUGGUGUUAGUAUAAAAUCUACGCCAGUGACAGUUGUGAUGCAGGAUACAAAAAAUAAAUCAUUUCUGAUGAAUAUAUAUGAUACACCAGGUCAUGUUAAUUUUUCUGAUGAAGUUACGGCUGCUUUACGUAUCAGUGAUGGAGCUGUUAUCUUUAUAGAUGCUGCAGAAGGGGUUAUGUUGAAUACAGAGAGAUUAAUUAAACAUGCUCUACAAGAAAAGAUGGCUGUAACUAUUUGUAUUAAUAAAGUAGAUCGACUUAUACUAGAAUUAAAACUACCACCAACAGAUGCGUAUUAUAAAUUACGCCAUAUUUUAGACGAUGUCAACAGUAUAGUCAGUUUGUACACAGAAGAUGAAGAGAAUUGUUUAAUAUCACCAAUACUAGGAAAUGUCUGCUUUGCCAGUUCAUAUUACAGAUUCUGUUUCACAUUAAAAUCAUUCGCUAGAAUAUAUUCAGAUACGUAUGGUGGUAUAAAUGAGAAAGAAUUUGCCAAGCGUCUUUGGGGAGAUAUGUAUUUUAAUAGUAAAACGAGGAAAUUUACAAAGAAAGCACCAAAUACUGCCAGUUUAAGAAGUUUUGUAGAAUUUAUUUUAGAACCAUUAUAUAAAAUAUUUGCACAGAUUGUAGGUGAUGUUGAUACAUGUAUACCACAAGUCUGUGAUGAAUUAGGUAUACAUCUAGGUAAAGAGGAACAAAAACUCAACAUACGACCGUUACUUAGAUUAGUCUGCAGUCGUUUCUUUGGUUCAUUUACUGGUUUUGUUGAUAUGUGUGUAGAACAUAUACCAUCACCUCUAGAUAAUGCUAAAAGUAAAAUAGAACAUCUUUAUACUGGUCCUAGUGAUUCCGAACUAGCUGAAGAAAUGUUUAAUUGUGAUUCAGAGGGUCCACUAAUGAUUCACACAACCAAGUUAUAUCCAACAAAUGAUGCUACAUGUUUUCAUGUAUUUGGUCGUGUAAUGAGUGGUACAUUACAAGCUAACCAGGAAGUUAGAAUUCUGGGAGAGAAUUAUACCUUACAAGAUGAAGAAGAUUCACGAUUUGGUCAAGUUGGUAGAUUGUGGAUUGCUGAAGCUCGCUAUAAGAUAGAAGUAAAUCGUGUAUCAGCUGGUAAUUGGAUAUUAAUAGAAGGUAUAGAUCAACCUAUUGUUAAAACAUCAACAAUAACAGAUGCAUCAACUAGUGAAGAGGUGUAUAUAUUCCGACCAUUAAAAUUCAACACAAGUUCGGUGAUUAAAAUAGCUGUAGAACCAGUCAAUCCUUCUGAAUUACCUAAAAUGUUGGAUGGUUUGAGAAAAGUCAACAAGAGUUAUCCUUUACUUACAACAAAGGUAGAAGAAUCUGGUGAACAUAUAGUACUAGGUACAGGAGAGUUGUAUUUAGAUUGUGUUAUGCACGAUUUACGUAAAAUAUACUCAGAAAUAGAUAUUAAAGUAGCUGAUCCAGUCGUAUCAUUCUGUGAAACUGUUGUGGAAACAUCAUCUUUAAAAUGUUUUGCUGAAACCCCAAAUAAAAAAAAUAAAUUGACCAUGAUUGCUGAACCAUUAGAGAAAGGUUUAGCAGAAGAUAUUGAGAAUGAGGUCGUACAGAUUACAUGGCCCAGGAAAAAACUGGGAGAAUUUUUCCAGACCAAAUAUGAUUGGGAUUUACUUGCUGCUAGAUCUAUCUGGGCAUUUGGUCCAGAUGCUACAGGUCCUAAUAUUCUGGUAGACGAUACCUUACCAUCAGAAGUAGAUAAAACAUUAUUAAGUGCUGUUAAAGAUAGUAUUGUACAAGGUUUUCAGUGGGCUACUAGAGAAGGUCCACUGUGUGAUGAACCUAUACGUAAUGUAAAGUUUAAGAUAUUGGAUGCUAUGAUAGCUGGUGAACCUAUACAUAGAGGUGGUGGACAGAUAAUACCUACCUCUAGACGAGUUGCUUAUUCAGCUUUCCUUAUGGCAACACCUAGAAUGAUGGAACCAUAUUAUUUUGUGGAAGUAAUGGCACCAGCUGAUUGUGUGUCUGCAGUUUAUACUGUUUUAGCUAAAAGAAGAGGUCAUGUAACCCAGGAUGCACCAGUACCAGGUUCACCAUUAUAUACUAUUAAAGCCUUUAUACCAGCUAUAGAUUCAUUUGGUUUUGAGACUGAUUUAAGAACACAUACACAGGGUCAAGCUUUCUGUUUAUCAGUCUUUCAUCAUUGGCAGAUUGUUCCUGGUGAUCCAUUAGAUAAAAGUAUUAUUAUUCGACCUCUAGAAGCCCAACCAGCAACUCACCUCGCCAGAGAAUUCAUGAUAAAAUCACGUAGACGAAAGGGAUUAAGUGAAGACGUCAGUAUCAACAAAUUCUUUGAUAACCCUAUGUUGUUAGAGUUAGCUAAACAAGAUGUCUUGUUGAAUUAUCCUAUGUAAAAUAUUGUUAUUCCAAAUCAUAACUUUUUCUGUAGUUAUGAAACCACCGUCAAGAAUUUUUCACACAUUUUCUUUGUAAAUAAAAUUAUCAUGAAUAAUGUACAGAUUUUUUAAAAAGUAAAUAGAUAAGUGCUACUGAAAAUUAAAUCCAUGUUUUUCAUCAUAAAAUUUCUUCAUAAAUCAUACAGAUCAUGAAAAGAAGUGUAUUGUUAAGAAAAUAUAUUUUCUAACAAUUUGUUGGCAUGUAUUUCAUUUUGAAUCCAUAAAUACUUGUAUAAUAGGUCAUUGAUGGAAGAAAAUUGAUGUGUAUAUACAAUCAAUAGAUACCAUAUACAUGUAAUAAUAAAAGUGAUGUCACUUGAA